CUGUGGAAGAUUGCUGCUAUUGUAAGAUGGAUCUAGGUUUGGGUAAUACCUUGCUUCCUGGGGAUCCUCGGCUUAUCGACCACAUCGUUGCCGAGGUCAAAUCGCAGGGUAUUUUUGAUCAGUUUAGAAAAGAGUGUAUUGCCGACGUAGAUACCAAGCCUGCUUAUCAAAACUUGAAUUCAAGAGUAGAAAGCUCCGUCAACUCCUUUUUGAACAAACAAGUAUGGAAAGCUGAUCUCAACAAGAAUCAACUUCGAGAAACAUUAAGAAAGCACAUUCAUGAUGCUCCUUACUUAGAAGUUGGAGUAGAUAGGAUAGUCGAUCAAGUGGUUAAUCCUAAAGUAUAUUCAGUAUUUAUGCCUAAAAUUGAGGAUGUUGUGUAUAAAUACUUAGGAAUCGAAAGACCAAAGCCUCAAAGGAAUGGUGCUUGUGAUUUGAAAGAUCUGCUUCCUACAGAUUUAGAUCCUGUAUCGCCUGAAUCUGACAGAGGUAGUAUAAAAGAUGAAAGUAUGGAUAUUGUUGAAGAAGAUGAAAAGAAAGUUAUCAAUGGGAAUGAGGAGAAACCUAGUGUUAGUAAUAUUGAGAGCAAACCAUUAGAAGUGAGUGCUAGUCCAGUCAAAAAAGAAAACAUUAACAUUGAGAACGAAAAAGGAACUUUAGCUAUGGAUAUUUCACCAGUAAAAGCAGUUUUGAACGCUUCAUUCAAAUUAGAUGAAGGAAUUAAAACUGAAGAGGAGGAAGAAGAAAGUCCUGAUUUUGAGCCUAUUGAUACAAAUUUAAAUGAGUCUAACAUGUCAAAUGAUUCUCACCUAUCUGGUAUUUCUGAACUUACAAGUCACAGAUCUGGGAGUCCAGACUUUGCAAUUGAUUUUGCUCGUGAUAAUUUUGAUUAUAGCAAUCAAGAUUCCCAGCUUAGCAAAGUAUCAUCAAACUCUCGAUUAUCCAUUGUCACUGAUAUUGGUUCUUCUAAUCAUGGCUCAACUCCCAAAUUAGAUGUUAAAGAAGACUUUAAAAGUAGUAAAGACAAUUUCAAAGCUGUCAAAGAAUUUGAGAGCAAUAAGGAUAAUAAAUUUAAUUUUGAUGUAGCAAAAAUUAAAGAUAAUAGUAAGACAAGUACUUCUUCCAAAGAAAGUUCGCGAGAUGCUUCUGAUUAUAAAGAUGUCAAGUUAAAAGAUGAAUCUAAAAGUAAAAGUUCUAAAGAGAAGCAUGAAUCUAGGAAUAGCAAAGGUAAAGAUCGAGAUUCUAAAAAAAGGCACAGUAGAAAAAGGAGGUAUAGAAGUAGAAGUAAAGAUAAAACUGAAUCUGAUUCUCAAGAAAGUAAAGAUUUCUAUCAGAAGCCUAAGGAAAUCAAAAUUAAAGAAAUUGACAAGAAAGAUGAUACUUUAGAUGAAACAAGUGAUUUAAAAGAUCGGUAUAAAGAAAAAAUUAGAGAAUUACGAGAAAAAAUAGAGUUAACUGAAAAAGGAAAAUUAGGGAAAGUCAAUCCAGAUUUGGCUAAAGAUAAAAGAGAUUCAGUCUCAUUAAAAGACAAGGAAGAUCCUAAAAAAAGUAGUCACAAAUCUUCUUCUACAAGAAAUUCCAGUCAUAGCAAAUCUUCCAGAAAUUCAGAAAUUAAAGAAUCUCGAGAUAAAAAUAGCAGCAGGCAUGAGGAACGUCAUCGCAACAAUGGAAAAGGUGAGUCGAAAUCAAGUAGUAAAAGUAGAAGAGAUUCCAAGUCUGGUAGCAGAAGUAGCGACAGGUCCAAAGAUAAGAAACGCAGGGAUGAAAAGAAGCCCAAAUCAACUGAUGAUCAUUCAAGCCUGAGGAAAAAUCUCAAUGAUCGUCGUUCUUCAGAUAGGGAUGGUUCUGAUGGUUCUAGCAGCAAAUACUCACAGAAGACUUCCUUCAAUGCCAAUACUUCAUCUAAUAAAUUCGGUCCUACAUCAGAAUUAACAAAAGAUAACAAGGAGCAAUAUUCCAGUGGUGAAGUAGACAAUGUUCAGGAGACAUUGAGAGGUAAUGAUGGGUUACCUAAAAAAGUAGAUCCAGGUUCUUUAGAGAUAUCUUUGCCACUGAAAAAAAGACGAUUACUCAGUGAGGAUUCACAAGAUGAAAAUCCAAGUAAGAAAAAGCGAUCAAAUGGAAAAAGAGCAUUGAAGAGGAAGCUUGAACAUCUCGAUAGUUUUAAAAGUGACAGUGAUGUUGCUAGUGUACCGGAUGAAGAAAGGGUGCAAAUUGUAGAAUAUGCAGAUGAAGAAUACGAUCAACCCUAUCCUGACAGAGAACUUAUUUUAUCAUUGGAAGAAACAAAAAAGAUCAUUCUUGAUGCAGAACCAGUAACAUCAUCGAAACCAAGCUUGUCAAAGAUGGAGCAAUCUAUCCUAAGUGAAAUGAUGGCAGACAACAACAUGACUGACGCCAUUGUUAAACCGAAAAAGGUAAUUCUUGAUGGAAAACUAAUACCACCAUCUAAAUUAAAAUUAUCAGAAAUGGAGCAGUCUAUACGUCAAUCUUUGAGUGAAAUGAUGGCAGAGCACAAAUUGAGUGACACCGAUAAUGAACCCAAAAAGAUCAAUCCUGACGUAGAAUCAGUAACAUCACUAGAGCCAAACAUGUCAGAAAUGGAUCAAUCUAUACAUUCAUCCUUAAGUAAAAUGAUGACAGACCACAAAACAAGUGAGUCUGAUGUUGAACCUGUUAAAGUAAGCACAGUUAUGGACUCCAGUAGCUUAUUGGAGGCUCUAACUGAUGAUUCCAGUACAGAUAAAAAAACUCUUGCUCCUACUAACACAGAAGAUGUGAUUUCAGACAGUAAGGCAACGGAAGUUGAAAAAUUUGAAGAAAUAGCCAAGGGGAAUAGUGAAGAGUCUAAAGAAAUAUUAAAUCAGAGUUAUAAAAAUGAUAUGAAAAUAAAAACUGAUGAUAGAAAGGUGAAUAAGGAGAUUUCUGAAAACAUUCAACAGCAAGAGAUGGACAAAGUAGAGGAUAAAGCAUCAGAAGUUCAAAGAAAUACUGAAAAAGAAGUGCUUAUCCCAAAAUUUAAAAUAUUUAGUGAAAUUGAGAAGGAAGAAAGUAAUGAAGUAUCAAAGGUUCAAAAAAGUAAAGCAAAAGUUAUAUCACAAAUUGAAAUAUCUUGUAAAAUUGAAAAGGAACAGAAUACUGAAAUGCUUAAAAUUAAAGAAAAUAUAGAAAGUCUUUCAAAAGUUGAAAAAUCUAACGAAAUAGAGAUAAAAGUAGGUACUGAAUUAUCUAAGAUUAAAGAGGAUAGAGAAAAUAUUCCAAUAAUUGAAAAAUCUAACAAAAUUGAAAUGAAAGCAGGUACUGAAUUAGCCAAGAUGCAACAAAAUACAGAAAAUAUUGUACCACAAAUAGAAAAAUCUGAUGUUAUUGAUAAGAAUAAAAAAAUUGACAAUUCUAGUAUCACAAAUAAAGUAAUGAUUGAAUCAGAUUCAAAAAGUAAAAAUGAAAUCGCACAAGAUGAAGAAAAUCAAGCUGAUUCAGAUGAGUUUAAUGAAGAUGAUACCUUGGUAAUCGAUGAGGAUGCUGAGGAGAAAGAAAAAGAGAAAGUUAAACCAUCCGAGGUUUUUGAAACGUCUAGGGAAUCUGAAAAAAUUGAAGAAAAGAGAAGAAAGAAAAGUAAUGAUGAGAGUCAGUCAAAUGACAUAGAAAUAUUAGAAGUAUUUUAUAAAAAUCAUACUUCCGACGUGCAAAAUAAUACCGAAGAUAAAUUAAAUAACAAGCCCGCUAAACAGAUCAACAAUGAAGACGUAGAAAAGUCAACUGCAUUAGAAAGCAAUGAUAAUUUUUCUAUAAAACCAGUUGAAUUUGACGAUGAACCAAAGGAUGAAAUAAAAAAUCAGUUGAUAAACGAAUUAGCUAAACUCGAUGAAAACGACAGCGACGAGGAUAAGCAUGAAAUUAAAGAAUUGACUUCCAACGAAAGCGUCAAUAAAGAUGACGUAUCAAUCGAGGUAAUCAAAUUGGAUGACUCGCCAGAUAAAUCAGAUAAUACUAUGAAAUUAGAUAGCGACGAUGAUGGUGACGUUAACAUCGACGAAAUUAAAGAUGAUGACGAGGACUCAAAAGCCGCUGAAGACAAAAUAGAAGAAUUCGAUCCUCUCUCUGAAGUUUCAUUGGACGUAGAAAAAGUAACCGUCAAUGAAGGUCAAGAUUCUUUAGGCGUGGAUAAAUCAGAAGUGUAUACUGAUCCAUUAGCUACUGAUUCUUCUAAUCAAGAACAACCUAUGGAAGAAGCUCACUGCAGUACAGAUAAUCGAUGGGAAUAUUCUGUUGAAGAAGAUUGCCACUACUUUGACAACGACAACCAGAAGUAUUUGUCUUUCAGAAAGUACCUUGAUCAACUGGAAGCUAAUUUAAUCAAAGAUACUGAAAAAGAAGUUGAAACUCCUAUAAGAGAAUCAUCUCCAGUAGUCAAGCCUGUAGAACCAUUAACCACCGAUUCAGUGCCACUUAAACGCAAACACUCGCUAAGUCCAAUAGCCGAUAUCAUCAAAGACAAUAAUAACGGUGGAUUAAUAACGACGAAGGAACAAAUUGUCACGGAAGUGUCUCAGGAGGUGUCCGCUGAAGAAUCUAUGGUAGUUCUUAAGAAACGAAAGGUUGGUAGGAUGAAGAAAUCCAAUAGCAGCAGCAGCGUUACUUCAUCGAGUUCUCAAUCAGAACAACCGCAAGUUAGAGAACAGCAGUCGCAAGUUGCGCAUGUUAACGGCGAGAACUUGAUGCCACUUAGCCCUGAGAGUGAUAUCUCUGUCUGCGGUGAUAAGAAUCUUACAGGCCAUGCAAGGGAGGAGAGAAGCAGUAGAGGUCAACGUAGCAGUCAGCGUUACUCGAGUGACGAUCUUUAUAAGCCACGACCAUUGUUUACGUCGUCAUCACGUCGCACUACAAGACGCUAUCAUCAAGCAUAGCUGUUGGCCGCGAGCCACUCGCGGCGUCCAGAUUUCCAUUUAAAGGAAGCCCUCGUUGUAUUACGUGAUUGCUUCCUUGAGCAUCCUGGUGCCAAGUGAAUUUUGUGCGAUUGGCUCGUGCCCUUUCUUUCUCUCUCUCUCUUUCUUUCUCUCCCCCUAUCUGUGCAUAUGUGUACGCUUUUAGAACGUUCGUUUUUCUAUAUAUGACGAAAUAUUGUUGACACUGUAAUUUUUAUAUUAAUUGAAAGUUUUAAGAUUACUAUGAGAAUUAGAAUAUCCUUUUUUUCGAUUUAUAAGAUUCGAAUAUUUUUUUGGAGAAUACAAACUAAACUUUUUCUUUUAUUGUUAGUGUACAAGAUUGAUGAUUAAAUCAUAAGAUAUUCUAUAUAGAUCUAUUAUUGCAAUACUAUCUGAGAUGUAAUCUCUGUGUUCAUGGAAUUAUCUUGCGGGGAAGGAGAAUAAUUAAAUGUUUGUGUACUCUGCUGUACAUAAAGAAAAUUUUACAGUGAAUGAGUAGGAGUAUCAAAGUUUAUUUUGUAGUGUUUCAUAAAAGAAAAUUAGCAAGUAAUUUAUGAAUCUUUGGUUUACUGUAAUUGGAAUUGUAAAUAAACAUAUUUUUUUAAAUUAAUCAUUAGGUACAAUAAAAAUUCAAGUCGUAAUACUUCUUGAUAAAAUUAUUUUAUAUAGAGAAAAAAGGAUUUUUAAUAUUAUCAACGUAGGUGUAUAUAAAAGUAAAAUUUAAUCGAUCAAUACAUCACUGCAAAAAAAGUUGUAUUUUUAUCAUCAAAUAUUAAGAUAUUUAGCUAACAAGAUAUUUGUUACACAUUUAUAGAAUGGUCAUUUUUGUACUGCAGUUCUAAAAAAAUAAAUUGAUGAGUGUUAUUAUUUCCAAUAACAGUAACUAAAACAAUGUGAUCAUACGAAUUCAAUAAAAAAUUCAAAUCUUUUCUAAAUGUAUUCUCUUGAAGAUUUUCUCACAUUUUCAUAAACUUAUAUAUUUGAAUGCAGCAGAAAUUACAAAAUAUAUAUUUUGUAUACUUGAAAAGGAUAAAAAUGAAUUUAUAAAUGGCCAUUACAGAUAUACACUUCUCAAAGCUUCAAUAUGCAUAUGCAUAUUUUACGCAAGUAGUACCUGUUCGAUAAGUAAAUAAUUAAAAAAUUUAUUUAAUCAACAAAAAUGUCAUCAAUAGUAAUGAUAGCUGUUCAAAUUUUCUUAUUCACACAAUGAUUAAAAUUGAUACUCAACGUAUUUGUAGAAAAAAUAAUAACUUAUUAAAUAUAUCUGAAAAACAGCAUCGAUCUAUUUAUUUUUUAUCGUUCUAAAGGUAAAAUAAUAAAAAUGAAACAGUGCACACGUAUAAUGACCCAGUCACGCAAAGAGUCACUUAACCUUGGCACUUACAUUUUCGAUUGCACGCGUCGAUACGCAAAUCCGAAUCUAUAUAAGACCCCGGUCCCAUAGGUACGUACGGUUGCGGACGGAUACGGACGCGAAUCGCAACUCUAGUAACAUCACUAAAAAUAUCAGAAGAUUAUUAAAUAAAAGAUUAUUUAGUACCAACACUACCGGUAGUGAGCAAAAGUGACUGUUGUUUAAAACUGUAGCGCCGAACAUUUAAUGAACGCCUAUCUAACCUUUACAUUAUUGCAGUCUAUAAGAUGGCAAAUGAUAGAGAAUUGAUAGACUUUCAACUACAAUUAGUGGAAUCAGGCCUUAAUUUUAUGAAAGUACUUGAAUAUAUGAGAAGAAGAAGAAAAUAUAUAUAAAUGAUAUGUAUUAAUCAUCCCAAAAACUUUUUUUACAUUAGCAUACUCAUCAAUAAGCAAUAUUCAUGAAAAUUUGAAAAGUAAAUUGUAGACCUAACAUUUGAACAUUAAAUGUGGUACGUUCGGCGCUACAGUUUUAAACAACAGUCACUUUUACUCACUACCGGUAGUGUUGGUACUAAAUAAUCGAACUAGAUAUUUUUAGUGAUGUUACUACAGUUGUGAUUCGCGUCCGUAUCCGUCCGCAUCCGUACGUACCUAUGGGACCACCAAUGUGAAA